AGCGAACGACCGCGCCGCAAGCGUUUCUUUUCACUCGUUGCAAAUAGUUUCUUGCGGUUUGUGUUCUGAGGUGCAAUAAAACGUAAAAAUUAACCGAUAGGUCUAGCUUCCAUUCGGCUGGACAGAAACGUGACCCAGCAAUGGCUCAUAACUAUAUUGUGACCGCCCAGAAGCCGACGGCGGUCACAGCUUGCGUGACCGGAAAUUUUACGUCGACUUCCGACUUAAACUUGAUAGUGGCGAAGAGCACCCGUUUGGAAAUAUAUCUUGUAACACCUGAAGGAUUGCGACCCAUCAAAGAGGUUGGCAUAAAUGGUAAAAUAGCGGUGAUGAAGCUCUUUCGCCCAGCGGAGGCUCAAAAAGAUCUUAUUUUUAUCCUGACUCAUCGGUACAAUGCGAUGAUAUUGGAGUGUGCCGUUCAGGGUGAUGACAUCGAAAUCAUUACGAAAGCUCACGGCAAUGUAGCUGAUAGAGUUGGUAAACCAGCCGAAACAGGAAUACUGGCCGUGAUCGAUCCGAAGGCACGUGUCAUCGGUAUGCGACUGUACGAAGGAUUGUUUAAGAUCAUACCGUUGGACAGAGAUACUCACGAACUGAAGGCAACUAGUUUGCGGAUGGAGGAAAUGCAUGUACAGGAUGUUGAAUUCUUGUAUGGCACACAGCACCCGACACUUAUUGUUAUUCACCAAGAUCUGAACGGACGGCACAUCAAAACACACGAAAUAAAUUUGAAGGAUAAGGACUUUCUUAAGAUCGCCUGGAAACAAGAUAACGUCGAGACAGAAGCAACGAUGUUGAUCCCGGUGCCAACUCCACUCGGGGGAGCAAUUGUUAUUGGGCAAGAAUCGGUAGUUUACCACGAUGGCGAUAGCUAUGUGGCGGUUGCGCCGGCUGUAAUAAAACAAAGCACAAUCAAUUGCUACGCCAGGGUUGACAGCAAGGGAUUCCGAUAUCUACUCGGUAAUAUGAUUGGUCAUCUGUUCAUGAUGUUUUUGGAGACGGAAGAAAACUCUAAGGGACUGCUAAGUGUCAAAGAUAUCAAGGUAGAACUGUUAGGCGAGAUAACGAUUCCCGAAUGUAUAACAUACCUGGAUAACGGUGUGCUUUUCAUCGGAUCUCGCCAUGGAGACUCACAGCUGAUAAAACUGAAUACAACUGCUGGCGACAACGGGGCGUACGUAACGGUGAUGGAAACAUUUACUAACUUGGCUCCGAUUAUCGACAUGUGCAUCGUCGACCUUGAACGGCAAGGCCAGGGCCAGAUGAUCACUUGUUCGGGAAGCUAUAAAGAGGGUUCGCUUCGUAUCAUACGCAAUGGUAUUGGCAUUCAAGAGCACGCCUGUAUUGAUCUGCCCGGUAUUAAGGGAAUGUGGGCACUACGAGUGGGCAUCGACGACAGUCCUUUCGAUAAUACAUUGGUCCUUUCAUUCGUGGGCCAUACUCGCAUUUUGACAUUGUCGGGGGAAGAAGUAGAAGAAACCGAAAUUCCCGGUUUCCUGAGUGAUCAGCAGACAUUUUACUGUGCGAAUGUUGAUUAUGGACAAAUUAUUCAGGUUACUCCAAUGACAGCACGAUUGAUCCAAUGUGACAACAAAUCGAUGAUAUGUGAAUGGAAACCGCCGGAUGAUAAGCGCAUUGGUGUGGUCGCGUGCAAUUCAUGCCAGCUUGUGUGUGCAACUGCAUGCGACAUUUAUUACAUCGAAAUUGAAGCAGGCAAGUUGGUGCACAAGAGCACUGUCACACUGGAUUAUGAGGUAGCAUGUCUGGACAUCUCACCCUUGGACGAAAGCUCCAGCCGUUCGGAACUGGUUGCAGUAGGCUUGUGGACCGAUAUCUCUGCUUGCAUCCUUCGUAUACCUAACCUUGAAUUUGUCCACACUGAGAAACUCGGAGGAGAGAUCAUUCCUCGUUCUAUUCUGAUGGCUUGCUUUGAAGGUAUCUCUUAUUUAUUGUGUGCGCUAGGAGACGGUUCAAUGUUUUACUUCGUCAUGGAGAAAAAUACGAACAGAUUGACGGACCAAAAAAAAGUUACACUUGGAACCCAGCCGACUAUUCUGAAAACGUUCCGGUCACUUUCGACGACAAACGUGUUCGCCUGUUCGGAUCGCCCAACCGUUAUUUACAGCUCCAACCACAAGCUGGUUUUCUCGAAUGUCAACCUGAAGGAAGUGAAUCAUAUGUGCUCACUUAAUGCCGAAGCGUACCAGGACAGUUUGGCUCUUGCUACCAAAAAUUCGGUUAUUCUUGGUACAAUUGAUGAGAUUCAAAAGCUGCACAUUCGAACGGUACCGCUGGGUGAGUCACCACGUCGCAUUGCAUACCAGGAAGCUUCGCAAACGUUUGGUGUAAUAACGGUGCGAAUGGACCUUCAGGACUCGAGUGGUCUGACUCCUUCGAGACAGAGCGCGUCAACUCAGACGACAAAUGUAACUUCCUCGAGCAACAUGGGCCUCCUUAAGCCAGGAGCCAGCAAUGCCGAGUUUGGCCAAGAAGUAGAAAUUCACAAUCUACUUAUCAUCGAUCAGAAUACGUUCGAGGUGCUGCAUGCACAUCAAUUCAUGCAAACGGAGUAUGCUAUGUCACUGAUUUCAGCGAAGUUGGGUAACGAUCCGAAUACUUAUUACAUCGUCGGCACAGCACUGGUUAACCCAGAGGAACCGGAACCCAAAGUAGGACGGAUAAUCAUCUAUCACUACGCGGAUGGAGCCCUCACUCAAGUUAGCGAGAAGGAAAUCAAGGGCGCGUGCUAUUCCCUCGUUGAGUUCAACGGCCGAGUAUUGGCUAGCAUCAAUUCAACCGUGCGAUUGUAUGAGUGGACUGAUGAUAAGGAUUUGCGACUUGAAUGUAGCCAUUUCAAUAACGUGUUGGCAUUAUACUGCAAAACCAAGGGCGACUUCAUUUUGGUGGGUGAUUUGAUGCGAUCUAUCACGCUGCUGCAGUACAAGCAAAUGGAAGGUAGUUUUGAAGAGAUCGCUCGCGACUAUCAACCAAAUUGGAUGACGGCAGUAGAAAUAUUAGAUGACGAUGCCUUCCUCGGGGCGGAUAACAGCAACAAUCUAUUUGUUUGCCUAAAAGAUGGGGCCGCAACAACGGACGACGAACGACAGCAAAUGCCAGAGGUUGCUCAGUUCCAUCUCGGUGAUAUGGUGAAUGUAUUUCGCCACGGUUCGCUCGUGAUGCAAAACAUUGGUGAGCGAACGACGCCGACAACGGGUUGUGUGCUAUUUGGCACGGUUAGCGGUGCAAUUGGUCUGGUCACACAAAUACCACCCGAUUAUUAUGAAUUUCUUCGGAAGUUACAGGAAAGUUUGACUGACACAAUCAAAUCUGUCGGCAAGAUUGAUUAUUCGUACUGGCGUAGUUUCCAUACCGAAAUGAAAACGGAACGUUGCGAGGGAUUUAUUGAUGGAGAUCUCGUGGAAAGUUUUCUGGAUUUAAGUCGGGAAAAAAUGCACGAAGCUGCAUUGGGAUUACAGAUCGACGUGGAUGGAACUAAGAAGGAAGCCGCCGUAGAUGAUAUAAUCAAGAUUGUAGAAGACCUAACACGGAUACAUUAGGAUGUCCAGUUUUGAUUAUUAUUAUUGAAUCGAUGCUAUCAGUUGUUUUCUGACACAAAUGCUGGCAGAACGAGAAGUUACACACUUUUCCAAAAAAAGUUGAUUAAUAAAUCAGCUCAUUAAGAGAGAUGUUUGGCUGGACGAACAAUAGAACCAGAUCGAGCUAAGCUCACUACUCGCGAAACAUAAGUUCAUGUUUGUUGGAUAAUAAAGAAACUCCAGUGAACGUAUUGUUUACUACAAA